GGCAGCAGCGGCCCAGAAGGCGGCAGAGGCGCGGCUGGAGGAGCAGCGGCGCAGCAUGGAGGAGCACACGCGUCAGAUGGAGCAGCGGCUGAAGGAGGAGCAGCGUGCACGGCUGGAGGAGCAGGAGCGUGUGCUGGAGCACCACAGGAAGGAGUAUGAGGCGCUGCUGCAGGAGGGCUUCAGGCGUGAGGCAGCAGCCAUGCAGGAGCGGAUCACAGAGCUGGAGCUUGAGAAGAAGAAAAUGGAGGUGGGGACCUGGAUUGGCUCAGCGCUGAACUUGCUUAGCAGCAUUUUUGCACCAUUGCUGUAUGUUGUGGCAGGCAUGGUUCCAACAAUUGUCACCAAAGUGUGCCGUAAGAUGUAAUCUGUCCCCUAGCAGCUGUCCCUGCAAUAAAUCUAGUGGCACUA